CCGGCGGGCUGCAGCAACCCGAGGCGGCGUGGGGAAGAGGCCGCAGCCGCGGACGACCGGAGCCAGAUCCAGCACUGAGCUCUUGGCGCCAUGAAUCCCGUGGUCAGCGUCACCCUCCUGCUGACAGUCUUGCAGGUGGCCAGUGGACAGAAGGUGACCAGCCUGACGGCCUGCCUGGCGGACCAGAGCCUGCGGCUGGACUGCCACCAUGAGAACUCCACCACCCUGCCCAUACAGUUCGAGUUCAGCCUGACCCGUGACGCAAAGAAGCACGUGCUGUUCGGCAACAUCGGGGUGCCCGAGCACACAUACCGCUCCCGGACCAACUUCACCAGCAAGAACACCGUCAAGGUCCUCUACUUGUCCGGCUUCACCAACAAUGACGAGGGGCAGUACACCUGCGAACUCCGCGUCUCCGGCCAGCCUCAGACCUUCUCCAGCAAGAUCUCUGUGCUCAGAGACAAGCUGGUCAAGUGUGGGGGCAUCAGCCUGCUGGCCCAGGACACCUCGUGGGCGCUGCUGCUGCUCGGCCUGCCCCUCCUGCAAGCCCUGGGCUUUGUCUCCCUGUAACGGCCAGGCCCACGGAGGACGCAAGAGGUCGCAAGGCCCAGCCCAGAGACCCUGCUUCCCUGGGUCUGCUGACCCCGCCCCCAGCCCUCACGGGGGGGACAGCGAGGACCCCAUCCCUCCUAGGAAUCUCAGCGCUGCAUGCCAUCACCCACCCCCCCACCCCCGCCACCCACUCCCUCCACGUGCCACUGGCUUGUGUCCUCCUUCCACAGCCGCUUCUGUCUGGUCUUUUUAGGGUGCUCCUUCCUCUUCUUUGGGGUUUGUGAGAAGGGAAGCCAGGGUCAGGGCCUAAGGAGAGUGAGGGACGGGCUGUAGGUCAGGGGCGCCGGCCCCUGGGGGCUGGCCCUUGCCCACCGGGACCAGCGGCCUGGGGGAGACCUCAGGGAGGAGGGGUUGGCCUCUGCCUGGCGCCUCCCUCAGCAGCCCCACCCCCAGCCGGGAGGGCACCCCAAGCUUUGCAGCCUGUUUCCCGGGAAGAGAGCUGGGCGCCUCCAGGGCCACCUCUGUCGUCACUAAAGGGUCGUCCUCACUGCGGAGGUCCCUCCCCGAGUGGGCCCGGCCCCAGGCCGUGGAAAUAUUGUGCCCCUGAGCAGUGCUCAUGUCGGGUGGCAGGAAGGGCCCAUCAUCCUCCCUACAUAACGAAGCUAGAAAUGGAGCCUCUGGCCCUCGCUGCCCCCCCCAGUAGUGGGGGUGGGGGGCAGAGGCAACAAGCCCCUUCCCGGGCUGGCCCGAAUGCCCGAGGACUCCCGGCCACUGGCCUGGGGCAGUCAGGUGCGCCAUGGGGGGUCCCAGGUGUUUCCCAGGAAGCUCUCCUUCCCUCCCCCCUCAGGCCAGCGCCAGCUGGCAGGUGCCGAGCCUCAGACAGCCCCUGCCCCAAAGCCUGCUUCUCAGGGAUCUCUGGGGGCCUGGGCGGGCCAUGGAGUGAGACCCCUGAGCAGGACCUGCCUCCACAAAUGGCUUCCCGCCCCCAGCACCCCGUCCUGUCCUGUGACCUUCAAUGUGCCGCCACUGCUACAGCGUCUCACGGAGGACAAGGCAGCCGCACAAUAAAGCCUCCCCGCUGGAA